CCGUUUUCUGCUCUAAGAAAAAGCGUCAAAGAGCAGGUGGUGCCCAAGCCAAUGAACCGCAGAAUCCUGAAGAAGACCGUAAGAAAAAAGAAAUUGAAUCAAAUGAGAAAAAGAAGGGUGAAAAUAUUUCCGGAGAAAAUCCAAAAAUGGCGGUGAAAACCCCUACAAAGAAUGUCAGCACAACUCCAAAAAAGGAUAAACCUAAUGCGACGAGCGAAAGAAAAGCAGCAGAUGCAAUGAAGGAAUCGAAGAAAAAUGUAAAACAAGCAGCACAAGCGUCUCCAGACCAAGAAGAAAAACCGGCCGAAAAGUUGAAAACGUUACCAAGGAAGAAACGAACUCGCAGUAUAGAUGGAAAAAUAGUGGAAGAAGAAGAAGAUUCUGAUACGUUAAAAGGUGUAGCGAGCAUACAAAAUUACCCAGAAGAAGGCACUCAAGUUCAAGAUCUUCCGAAAACGGAGCCUAUCU